AUGUCGUCGUCGAUUGCGAUUCCGAUGACCCCGUCGUCGGCAAAUGCCUAUGGCCACCACGACCACCACCAGUCGUCUCAAGCUCGAGGUGCAACUAGCUCGUCGUCCUCUUCGUACUCUAGUUCGCCGCGGACUUCUUCCCCGCCUUCCGCCCAGAAACAAAAGAUGGCUCACGAGCGUCGUCCCAGCCUUCUCAGUUCGGCGCUGUCAAAGCAAGAGAGCACCGUCAUCAACAUCGGCGAACCCAACGGCACUCCUCGCUUGAUUUCCUACCUCUCUUCAAGCCAAGGCUUCGCAUGGAACCCAGAAAUAUUUCUGCCAUCAUACGUUGACUGCGAUUAUGUACCCCUUGAGAAUCGCCGGGAGCCUGUACACGAGAUUGUCCUGAGCGAUGAGGAAAUCAACAGCAUGUUCCCCCAAUAA